AUGCCGGUACAAUGGUAUUUGCUCCUACCUAAUGCAGCUUGGAUGAGAUUUUUCCUCUUUAUGAGUGUAUUCACCUUUCUUUAUAGUACCGUAAUGUCUAUAAUUAAAACCAUCCGAUUAACGGAACGAAUGCAAAUCGAUUGGAAUGCUACGGAAGCAAUUCUAUGUGGCUGUGUAUCUAUGCUAUAUUUUAUUGCUAAUGGCUUAGCAACCGGCUCGAUUGCGAUGGGCCAACGAGCCAAUAUCAAAACUUAUAAGGGAAAAUUGAAUUUCGCUCAAUUACAAGCUGCGGUGGUAUUUGGCUUCUUCACAGCAUUUUUGGUUUUGGCACAAUCAAUUAUUGAUGGCCAUCGAUUCUAUCAAGAUCGCAAAUUCCGAAAGCAGUAUUCUGAAUCCCCACAAGAGGAUCCGGAUGAUUAA